CCGCGGCCUGGGGCAACUGGGCCGCCGCGACAGCAUGGCGGGCCUGGAGGGCGACGACGCCGUGGCCGCCUUGGAUCACAUCGUCACCCAGUUCAACACCUACGAGGAUUAUCUGGACUCGCAGAUCACCACGCAGGAUCUCUUUUACUUGGAGAAUGAAGAAAUGGCCCGCCAGCUGGUGGAGCUGGGCUUCCGAGGAAGCGGAGAAGUGCUGAAAAGGGAAGACUUCAUAGCCAGGAAAUUAGCGGCUGAGGUUUCCAGGCUCUCCGACAGACACCAGCAAAAAACGUUAUCAAGUGCAGGAAAAGAACUGAAAGACAACUUUCUGAAGGCUUUGGCGGAGAGGGAAGAAGCCAAUCGGAAUGGGAAAAUGGCAUCAAUCAUCUUCAUUCGGGAUCGCAACGCCCGUGGUCAUGAGGUCUCUGCGUAUAUCGACUAUGCACACCGGCUGAAGGUGGACGACUUCGAAGUUUAUUUCGCCGGCAAGAAGAAGCUUUUCCCCAGACGCUCAGAUCUGAGCUUCUACAACUGGGACAGAAACCUCUGCUGCUUGAACUCCAGUCCGAAUUAUCAAGUGAUUGCAGAAAGCACAUGCGGCUUACUCUUCAAGAACAAAUCUGACAGAAGGAUCAUCAACGUGGAUCCUAAGGUUUUCCCAGGGGACAACACGACACGGACUCCGAUCAAAACAGACCUCUACCUGCAAGUGGUUAUCUAUGACCACGUCCUCAGAAGAAAGCUGUAACCACCAUCGUUCACUGGAGGAACAAAUACAUUAGGGGGGAAAACCACUUCAAUGGGCAGGUUGGGAUUGUGCUGGGAAGAGAAGUUUAGUAUUUCAAAGACAAAUAGACACAUGCAUUGAAGUGUUACGGGGGACUACUUUGUGGCGUGAUCCCGUGACACGCUUACCUGCAGCUAUUUAUUAAGAACGUUUUUGCUGUUCCUUCCUUAUGUGCAUUAAAGUGCUUGAAAUUGUUCUGUAGCCUCCAAAUGCAAAGUAAAUGUAUAUGUAUGUGCAAA